UUAAUCAAAUAUGAGAAAAUUUAUUUUUGCAUAUCUGAUCCAUAAGCAGCAAGUAAGUCUACCCAAUUCCUUACUUUCAACAAUUUUGCCCAUAUCAUUAACAGCUUUUAAUAGCUCAGCCUCAGAAAUAAAUCAAAAUAUGAAAGUAAUUAUUGUAUUUUGCACAUUUAAUUGGAAAGCAUUUUUUUUAAGUUUUAACCAUAUUACAUUCCUGAUAUUCAACUGUUUUUGGUUUUCAAAAUUGGCAAUUCUAUAUGGUUCAAACUGAAUAUAUUUACUAUUAAAUACAAUGUUUAAGAAAUAAUAUGACAAUAGGGGUUCCAAUCCUCUCAUUCUACCUUUUACUGGUUAUCAUCUCCUACCUGUUAGGGGUGUUGCAGGUAUUUUUCUAAAAUUUCAUAAUAUUGUGUCUCUCUUCUACAUAGCAUUUGUAACUUGUGGUUUAAAACUAGUAUAAAUCAUUGCAUUUUGCCAAAUAUCCUAAAGGGCUGGUACGAAUAAUGAAAGUUUUUAUAGAAAGAAUAUACUGAUAGUUCCUUAAUAUUCCUUGAUUAUUUAGCUCUGUGCUUCACAAACUUUAACGUUCUUAACAAGCCCUGGAGAACUUAUUCAAAUACAGGUUUCAGAGAUUCUGACUCAGUAGACAGGGGUGGGGCCAUGAAUUUGCCUUUCUUACAAACUCUCACAUUACCCUUAGGUUGCUGGAUCUUAAGCUCAGACUUUUGAGAAACACUGACGUGGAGUACUGAAGAGACUUCUUUGUAACAAAGCCUCUUCCUUAUUUUGGUCUUUCAGUAAAUAAAACUCAAGUUGAUGAGGUGUGAUAAAGGCCCUUAAGCCAGUUUGUAAAGGACUACAUUCACUUAGUUGUAAGAUAACUGUAAAUUGGAUUUGCUCUGACUUGGGUCUCUACAGCCCACAACCGCAGGACCGCUAACUCCAAAGAACGUGUUCACCUGUCCGGCCUUUAGAACCUCCCGGAGCGCGGGCUUGCCGGGACGGCAAGGGUCACCCCAGCCCCGCCGCUAGGCCAGGCUCGCUUCUUUGCAAGCGUUAUCAGAGGCAGCGCUUCCAGCCUGACAAACUGCAGGAGGCUCCAGAUAGUGAAGCGCGUGGGCGCCAAUCUAGGAGACCAAACGCGACCCACCGCGGGCGGCCAACCCAACCCCAUCCGCGAGUCUUCUCUCCGCCAGGGUCCUUCCCGGAGCCCACGGGGCCUAGCAGGGUCGACAGAGGGCCCCUGAAGGGGUGCAGCGAGCAGGUUCGGACCCGCGGAGAUCACGCGGCGAGUCUGCGCUCUGAGCCGCCACCUCCGAGCAGUGGCCGGAGUGCCGCCUUACUGGGAGCCACUCGGCGCAAGGACCUACCCAGCGCCGGCUCUCUCUCGAUCAGAGGAAUUUCUACUGGUCCGCACUAAGACCGGCGAGCUAGCCUACUCUUCUCGGCCCACUCCGUCGUGCCGGGCUUGCGAAGAUGUCCGCCAAGCCCGACGCCGGCUUCGUGAAAGAGGCUUCUCGCCAGAUCCUGGCCGGUGGUUCCGCUGGUCUUGUAGAAAUUUGCCUGAUGCACCCCCUCGAUGUGGUGAAAACCAGUGAUUUUUACCCUACAAAUACAAGGAACCGUGAAACUGAGGAGUUCCCUGAGAUGAGAUCACAUGUGUAAAAAUGCUCUCCAAGUUGAAAGUGAUUUACAAGUUCCAGAUUCAGAGAUGUGCAACUGAUCCAAACAGUUAUAAAAGCUUGGGAGACAGCUUUCGAACAAUUUUCCGAAUAGAAGGAUUGUUUGGUUUUUACAAGGGGAUUCUGCCACCAAUCUUGGCUGAAACACCAAAAAGAGCAGUGAAGUUUUUCACCUUUGAGCAAUACAAGAAAUUGCUAGGAUAUGUGUCACUGUCGCCAGCAUUGACGUUUGCCAUUGCUGGAUUAGGAUCUGGACUAACAGAAGCUAUCGUGGUUAACCCUUUUGAGGUAGUAAAAGUUGGCUUGCAAGCGAAUCGGAACAAAUUUACAGAGCAACCAUCCACGAUGAGUUAUGCAAGACACAUCAUUAAGAAGGAAGGCUUGGGACUCCAGGGCCUCAACAAAGGAUUUACAGCAACUUUGGGACGUCAUGGGGUUUUCAACAUGGUUUAUUUUGGCUUCUACUACAAUGUCAAAAACAUUAUUCCUGUCAAUAAGGAUCCAACCUUGGAGUUUUUGAGAAAAUUUGGGAUUGGUCUUCUCUCGGGCACAAUAGCCUCAGUCAUUAACAUCCCUUUUGAUGUUGCCAAAAGUAGGAUUCAAGGGCCUCAACCAGUUCCUGGAGAGAUCAAGUACAGAACCUGUUUUAAAACAAUGGCAACAGUCUACCAGGAAGAAGGGAUUUUAGCUUUGUACAAAGGCCUGCUUCCCAAGAUUAUGAGGCUUGGACCAGGUGGCGCAGUGAUGCUGCUGGUUUAUGAAUACACCUAUACAUGGCUUCAGGAGAACUUGUGAUUGCCUAGGAGAGGUUGAGAUCAUGGAUGUUUGCUGUACAGCACCAUAAGGAGAGACUAGCAGCUCAGCUGAUAUGAUCAUAAAUUCUAAUUAUACAAUUAUGUACAGUUAUUAAGGGGAAACAGUUUAUUCAAGAACAAAACCUAAAAAAUUAUCUCUACACAAUUUGAGACUGUAGUUUUGUCUAUAUCCAUAAAUCUGUGCAAAGAAAAAUAGUAUGAAUGGGGUAUGUAAAUCGAACACAGAAAAUAGCAUAGAAAUCAGAUAUAUUUCAUAAAAGCUAUAUAAAUUUUGUGAUCUGUAUUCCUCUUACACCGCUUUGCAAAGAAAAUUCAUUGUAUCGAUAAUUAUUUUUUCCCACGAGGUCAAGAAAUGCUUAGAGUAAUAAAAAAAAUUAAGCCAAAAUUUGAACAGUUUUUAUAAGGAAUUAAAUUCUCCCAUAAAUAAUAUUUAAAAGGCACAAGGAAGUGUUUUUAAAGUACACUAAAAUGGCAUUUUUAAAAUGUUGGAUUUUAUGUUAAAAUUUAAAUCUGGUGGUGUUCUUUGAGUAAUAAUACAUAUCACAGCUAUAUUUUCCCAAAGCCACUUUAUAUUUUGCACUGUUGUUUAAAGCAGGUCAUAUUUUUAAAUCCUGAUACGUGAAGUUUUUUAUGGCAAAUAGAACACAUGAAAUUUCCCUCACAUAAUUCCCUUUGAAAACAAUUUUUGUUGCUGAACUAUUUUCAUGUUAAAACACAAAUUGGAACCAGGCCUUGGGCCCAUUUGUGCUGUCCGUAUUUGCAUCCGGAUAUCUUUGGUCAGAACUCUUACCCAUGCCAUUCUUAAAAAAGAAUGUUUAGAGUAAAACUACAUUUCCAGGUUAUUAGUUUUAAGUGACAGCUUCAGGCGUGAAGUCAACUAUCUGUAGUGUUAAAAUAUGUACUAUGAAAGGGAAAAUGUUUCAAAAUAGUACAUUCUUAGCAUUUCCAAAAAUUCCUGUACUAACAUGCACUCUAAGAAAUAUCUCCUUGGCAUUGAUAUCACCAAACUUGAUUUUAUAUUUGCAUCCUGAAAUGAUGCUACUUCAGUAGCUAAAGUCAACAAAAAUAUCUGCCCAUUCUAGAUGACACCUGUUCUUAACUACUACUGAGGGAUGUUUCUACCAUUAGACUAUGUCACUAAAGCAUUUUGAAAAUAAAAAAAUAAAAGAUAACAUGAUAAUUAUUACUUUUUAUUAAUUUAGAGCAUUUGAAGUAUAAAAAUAAAGGCUUUUUAACAUACUGUAUAUACAUACACAGCCUUCAGUUGUACAUCCUUUCCACCGUGUUUUUUAACUUAUAUUUCAGCCCAAUAUUUCAUAAGGUCAUUAAAAGUAGAA